CGGGUUCUAGCGUGUGUCCCUCGUUGCCCUCUAGCGGUGACAAUGCGUCAUGACAGCAGCAGCUGAACCGCAGAACCGCAGGCAGACAGUCUGCCACCGACCCACAGACUGCUGGGGCCCCGCUUACAUGCCUCCACUCCUCAUGUCAUGAAGCCCACAGCUCACAGGAGGAUAUCCCUCUCCAAUCCACUACAGCCUCUGAAAAUAACACUUUAUGGUAACACGAACAUUUUAUAAACAUGUAUUCAUAAACACGAUCGUAUUACACAACACGCAUUCAAAUAGUUAGAUUGUGUGAACGUUUUUACGCACAGAAAGAUUCUACAAUUCUAGAGGUUUUAACUGGAUUUUGUGUAUAAAUGGCGCAGGUGAUGGAUGACAGUUGACUUCGCCCACGUGGUGUUUUUUCUGCGCUUCUGAAUUUUGCAUUCUUUUGAUUUCCUCCAGUCAUUUGGGCGUCAGGCCUCACAUCGCGCUCGAGCUGUGCCGCUGUGAGAAGUGACUCGACUCUCUAUGUGGCCCGUUUAAACACUUAAUUGCGCCCGUUUAUUUGGUGACCCGAGAGUUCAUGCGUGUUGGUUCCUGCCAGUGGCAAGAGCAAAGGUCGAAGCCGAAUCCACAAACCUCCACACAAACCAGAGGCGCUUUAAUGGUCCAAUUAUUGGAUUCCUAAGCACUUCAACAGCGUGUUAUUCUUUUUCGUUGGGAAAAAAGUGAUGUUGAUUGUGUGUGUGUGUGUGUGUGUGUGCGUGCGUGUGUGUGUGUGUGUGUGUGUGUGUGUGCGUGCGCGCGGCGCAUAUGUCUGACUAAUGAAAAAAAGCUAAAACAAUUAUUCGUAUAAUAACUAGAAUAUGAAUGAAGUGCCAACGUUUGUUUAAAAAAAGAAUGCCCCAAAUGUUAGACAGCAAUGAUCCUGCAGUGCCGCAGUGUAAUUUUAAUGCGGUAUGAAUGAAUUAUACGGUUUCCACUUGAACAUUAUUUAUGCAAGGCGAUGUAACCCUUCAUAAUAGGUGGUUGAGUUGUCGUGGAAUGUGCAAGAUAUGGAAAAUCCCAAAUGUGUGUUUUCUAGUUGCUGACUGUUGUUCUGUAGUAGCCCGUGAUAAAUCUAGAACUGUUGUGGCCGAUAUUUUCCUUCACUGCGUGGUGUGUGUGUGUGUGUGCGUGUAGAGAGAGGGGGGGUCUCAUUGUGUGUGUGUUCUGCUGUCAGUCAGACUGCGGGUUCUUGGUGAGCUGGCUCCGCGCGCGCGCACACACACACACACACACACACGCACACACACACACGCACACACACACUCACACACUUGGAGCUGUCGGGGGGAGGGAAGGGGAGGGCAUAUUUAACUUGGGAAAGAGAGGAGUUCCACUUCAGACACGCUCAUUCUCCUGUGAGCCUUUGCUGUGUCAGUCCCAGCUCAGGACCAGGUUUGGACGGGUUGUGCGCUCUGCAAUGAAGCGGCUCUGGGCUAGUCUGGUGGAUUUCUGACAGCAGGGAUAUGAAGGUACCGCAGCUGGUUGUGGAGACAUUCGUGGGAAUUCUUCAUGUUGAAUGUGUAGAGAACAGCAGUGGUCCUUGAACUGCUCGGAACUGUCAAGUUUCUGACCAAACUGGUGGAGUUCGUGCGCUUCUUGAUAGAAAGAAAGCUCAUUUUAUUCUGAACUGAUAAUGAACAUGUUGUAGUAGUGGAACAAAUCCGUUUGUGACACAUUUGAGGUUGUGAUCCGUGGAUUUGUGUGUGCGUGCGCUCUCUGGAGAGACUGAGCGGCUCUUGUCCCGGUUCAACAGCGCCGGUUCGGCGGGACGGGCUGGAGCCUGUGCGCUCAGAGAGAGAGAGAGAAAGAGAGAGACACGUUCAUAAAAGCAGUGCGUAAAAAUAACAUUGGCUGAGACGCGCUCCAUUCCUCGGGCGCUCUGACAUUUCAAACGACAGUUUGGGUGCCACCCGGCAACAAAACCCGAGGAGCGCGUAGACACUCUGCCAUCCCAUCUGAGAGCAGGCGUUGCCAUGGUGACCCGCCGACAGAACUAGUGAACGGGAAAGUAGCUGGAAAAAAAGGAAUCAACGGCAGAUGAGGACAACACUUCAGUAGUUCGGAUUUGGGUGUUUUUGGGGCGUUCUGAAGGGCAGCUGGCACGGCGCACCCGAGUGUUGCAUCAUCUGAAGGGUCAAAAAGUUUCCAAUAGUACCCCCCCAAAAAAAACUCUCGUCCCAUAUCAUUCCGGUCCACGCGUUUGUCUAUUAAAAGUAUCUCGCUCGUGCUGUCGCUUGGACUAUUUAUGCACGGGUGCGUGCGGGCGCAGUGACGGCCAACUCCACUCCAUAGACAGACAGAACACGAGUCAUGGGCAUCUCCCACGCGCUGCUGCUCAUCCUGUGCGCGCUCCUGAGUGUGCACGGCACCACGGUCCAGCACUACCUGCGCUUGAGGCCAUCCCCCAGCGAGCAUCUACCAAUACCUGACAUCAAAGAGGACCCUGACAAGGAGUACGACCCGCGCGAGCAAGACCUCACGGAGAGGACGCUGCGCAAAAAGCUGGGCAGCCACUUUGACCCCAACUUCAUGUCUAUCCACCUGCCCAUCCAGCUGAACGCCAGCGCGCCACUGGAUGUGCUGGGGCCGCGCUCACCGAUGCCCGUCGAGCUCAAGAAGCUCGACCUGACGGAGACGCCGUACGGGAGGCGCGUCAAGGUGGGCAAAAAGGCGCGCCGGAAGUUCCUGCAGUGGUUGUGGACGCACACGCACUGUCCCGUGCUCUACGCCUGGAAGGACCUGGGCGUGCGUUUCUGGCCGCGCUACAUCAAGGAGGGAAACUGCUUCAGCGAGCGCUCGUGCUCCUUUCCCGAGGGCAUGUUCUGCAAACCGGUCAGCUCCGUGACAAAGACGUUCCUCCGGUGGUACUGUCAGGGCUUCCUUCGGCAGAAGUACUGCACGUGGAUACCUGUGCAGUAUCCCAUCAUCUCCGAGUGCAAGUGUUCGUGCUGAGCGGUGCGGGUGCGCGUGUGUGUGAGUGUGUGAGAGAGAGAGAGAGAGAGAGAGCGCGCGCGCAUGUGAGAGUGUCCAUGGACUGGACGCACUUGGACUGAGAGAGUCUAUGAAUUAUGAAUUAUUGCACUGUUUACCCACGGACAGGGAUGUGGCGCCACAUAGCGAAUCUAUUUUUAUAUAUAUAGCUUUUUAAUUCGAAUAUCAAACACAUGUACAUAUUUAAGUGAAAAAAAGAAGAAUGCAGCUAUUUUUGUUAAAGGAACAGGACCAUAUUCUCAAGUGGAGCACUUCAGCCGGAAGAGCCCGUGGUUAUUUUUAUGAAAGUAUUGCAUUUAUGGAAAAAGGAAGAACUUCUCCAAGAAGUUUCAUUUGCCUCAUUCAAACUGUUCAAGUGACUGAAAAACUGAUACACUACAAUGAUGCCUAGAGGUUUUGUACAAAUAUUAAUAUCAAUAAUUGAGAUUUUUAAGGGCUGAGGACAAAAAUAUACAUGUGAACUUAGCUUUUUGGAAAUCAUAUAGUAUUUUAGUAAAAAUGUGUAAGGUUUAUUUAUUGUUUUAACGGUUGUGAGUAUAGAUAAAGAGAAGAUAAUAGAAUAUACCAGAAAUUUUACUUGAAAAUGUCUCAAAAUGAUUUUAAGAGAUUAAUAAUAAUAAUAAUAAUAAUAAUGAACAUGUCCAUGUAAAUGUCAUGGUUUUAGCAAUAAAAUCUGUUAAACCUGCA